UUUAAAGCUUCGAAUAACUAUAUGGAAUACACAGUUGUUUUUCAUUAAGAUCGCAGGCACAGAAAUAAUUAAAAACAUAAAAAAAAAGUGAAAAACGAAUCGUUCUGUGGGGCCGUAAUUUUUCAAAAUUGAUAGUUUGAGAUUUAACGAAUUCUGAUGUGUAAAGAAUUGUGGAUUCAAACGAUAAAAUUUAUACUUUAAAAGUUCUGAUAACGUUUGGAAUAGUAUAAACUAAGUGAAGAGUUUUCGUGAUAGGGGAUUAAUCAAAGUUCGUGAUUAAACAAACAAUCGGAAUGAGGAUGCUCGUGAUGGGAAAUGAUAAACACAAUAGUCAGUGGUGUUUCCCCGAAACUUCAGUACUUUUUUACAAUCCGAAUCAAACAUGCACAGACUCAAUAAAUGACUCGUCAUCAGGAUUUGCCUCUGAUGCAGCGAGUCAUACGUACUCAAAGACCAGCAUGUCGACCUUCAAAGGAAGCUGCUCUGACAGCAGCGAAUCUGGACGAGUAUCGUGUAGAGAACCACCGUGGUCAGGGACGAAGACUCCUGCACACAGAGAACCUAACCAUUAUAAUCCACGUGACUUAAACAUGCAAUACAGGAUGUCCACGCCGUCACCAAUGUCUCAUAAAUCAUCUUCGUCCGUGAAAACAACAUCAUCCAACCGUUCGUCCUCAAAAUCAUCACACAUUUCAUCAAAUAAACUUCCAACAGCGCCACCUGUGAUAAGUUAUAAAAAUCCUGCAUAUGAAUAUCAGCUAGAUAAACAUAUCGAAGAAAUUCAGUAUAAUAUUAAACGAAUUGAGCUUCAAGACUGUCAACAGUACAUUUCAUCAAAACCGAAAUCACGUCACCAUAAACCGUCUCUUUUCGACUUAGUGACGGAUGAUGUUAUCGUAAAUAUAUUCUCAAACUUGCCGACUGAUCAGUUGUGUCGGUGUUCUCGAGUGUGCAACCGAUGGUAUCGGUUGUCAUGGGACCCGUUACUAUGGAAACGCAUUGUUAUAAAUAGCGAGAAGAUAAACGUUGAUAAAGCUUUGAAAUAUUUGACAAAGAGACUCAGCUACAAUACUCCCACAGUGUGUGUGAUUGUGGAAAGAAUUAUAUUGACUGGUUGUGAAAAACUAACCAAUAAAGGAUUACAUACGAUAGCCAAACGCUGUCCAGAGUUACGCCACUUGGAAAUACAGGGAUGUGCCAAUGUUACUAAUGAUUCUCUCUUUGAAAUAGCAUCUUACUGUGUUAACCUGGAAUAUUUAGAUGUUACUGGUUGCCCUUGUAUUACCAGUGUUAGUCUUACCACUCAAGUUUUAGAACAGGCCACAGCACACCAUCUUCGACAGAUCUACCUCCGCUUUUUAGACAUGACAGACUGUUAUGCGCUUGAGGACGAAGGAUUACAAACACUUACUCUUCAUUGUACCCAAUUACAACACUUGUAUCUAAGACGAUGUGUGCGCAUUGGCGACGCUGGCGUUCAAGCCAUAGGUAUUAAUUGUCCGUAUAUCAAGGAACUUAGCAUUAGUGACUGUAGAAAAGUGACCGACUACGGAGUUUGUGCACUCUCGAAAAUAGGAGACAAUUUAAGAUAUUUAAGUGUAGCAAAGUGUGAUAAAGUUUCUGACGUAGGUGUAAUACAGUUGGCUAAAAAUUGCCGGAAGUUACGUUAUCUCAAUGUCAGAGGUUGUGAAGCUGUCUCAGACGACGCCAUGGAUGUUUUAGCACGAAACUGCUCGAAACUCAAAUCUUUAGAUAUUGGAAAAUGUGAUGUAACUGAUGAAGGAUUACAGGUCCUUUCACAUAAUUGUUCUCAACUAAAGAAACUAAGUCUUAAGUCUUGUGAUGCAAUUACAGACGACGGUGUAAAAUGUAUUGCCAAGAAAUGCCGCCAUCUUGAGCAACUCAAUAUUCAAGACUGCCAUCUGACAGUGGACGCUUACCGAGCUGUAAAACGUUACUGUAAAAAAUGCUUUAUUGAACAUACAAAUCCUGGUUUUUAUUGACAAUAUAUAAUAGCUUGUAUAUUAGAACAAGGGAAAAAGCCUAUCCCUCUCCUCCUCUCCUUCUUCUUCUUUUUCUUCUUCUUCUACACAAAUUUAUAUCUAAAAUGUAUCCUCACUUUUCUGCUCAUAAACUGUCUGAUGUUAACAGAAAUAUCGUUUUCUGCAUUUUCUCCCAUAUAUAAUUUUUAAGUCCAAUUGAAAAUUCUGAAAUGUUCCCAAACUUUGUACUAAUUAAGAAAAACAAAAUUUGCUCAAUGUACUCUCAGUUCUAUUUUUGGCAAGUACGACUUUUUCGUCUAUUUUAUAAAACUAAACGCGAGUUUUAAUCUUUUGGCAGUUUUUAAUAUAUUUAUUUCACUAAAAAUGGUUCUAUCUGCCUCAAUUUAUGUAGGUCUAACAGCAAAUUAAAAUGCGAAAACAAUGAUGUUCAGAACAUAACAGAGUUUUGACCAUUCCCAUAUGUCCCGGUAACCGGUAAGCAUAUAGUCCAUUGUUAUGUAUAUUGUAUCAUGUAUAAUCUACAAGAAUCAUUAUAUAUUAUUAUUAUUUUCUUGUGUUGAUUGUUUUUGUUUUACUAAGUUAUGUUUGUUACAACAGUGCUGGAGAAUAAAAUAUUAAAAUAA